UCUGGUUCCCGUCGAAUAAACCCGUACGUGGCAAUCAGAGCAGUACACAGCUACAGAAGCUGGUGCAGCUCGCUUUUUGCAACAGUUCAUUCGUGCUGAAACGACUUCCUGCAGUAUAUUCUGAAGAAAAGACACCGGUUAUAAGCCAGUCUUUGUUAUCCACCAUUAGAAACAUGUUUACUGCGUCAGAGCUUGUUGUCUUGCUGGCCGUUCUGUCUGCUACCGCGUCUGGCUACUUCGUUAGCAUAGACGCCCAUGCCGAGGAGUGCUUCUACGAGCGGGUCAAUUCCGGCACCAAGAUGGGCCUCAUGUUUGAAGUGGCCGAGGGAGGCUUCCUGGAUAUUGAUGUAGAGAUAACGGGGCCUGAUGGGAAGCAGAUUUACAAAGGCGACAGAGAGUCCAGUGGGAAAUAUUCAGUGGCUGCACACAUGGAUGGUACCUACAAGUUCUGCUUCAGCAACAAGAUGUCAACCAUGACGCCCAAGAUUGUCAUGUUCACAAUUGAUAUUGGAGAGGCACCUAAAGGCCAAGAUAUGGAGACAGAAGGUCACGACAGCUGGGAUGCCCAUCAAAACAAACUGGAGGAGAUGAUCAAUGAGCUGGCAGUUGCUAUGACGGCAGUAAAGCAUGAGCAGGAAUACAUGGAAGUCCGAGAAAGGAUACACAGAGCAAUCAAUGACAACACAAACAGCAGAGUGGUCCUGUGGUCCUUUUUUGAAGCUCUGGUUCUGGUGGCGAUGACACUUGGACAGAUUUACUACUUGAAGAGAUUCUUUGAAGUUCGACGAGUGGUGUAAAGAAUUUAGAUGAUGCCCGUAUGUCCUCCAACAUCAAGACAGUUAUUUACAUUCUGGAAAUGAUAGUGCUAACAUGAGAAAGGCCUACACCUGAUUGGAUUUAAGAAUGUGUGUUCUCCUGUUACCAGAUUAAAUCCUUCUUUAUAAGUUUGUUUUUUAUUUUAUUUUAUUUUAUUUUAUUCUAGUUCAUCUUUUUUUUUUUAAAUUGUUUAAUAAUUAGUUAAUUGCCAGUUCCAAUUUGCCAGUGCAGUGGGUGGGGCUUAAUAUUUAUCUAGAAACAUUUUCAAAUGAACAUUAAAUUAGACCUUAUUGUCUGAGAAUAUAAGGGUUUUGUUCCUGGUGUCAAAGCCACAGUUCACCGACCAUUUUUAAUGUUCAAAUGACAAACUGCACUCCUGAUGUAUACAUCAAAGUAUCUGAAGGAUCACCAUUACAACUGCUCUCUAAGCCACCAUUAAUUUAAAUGCAAUUUAAAAACUUGACUAAGGAUUUGAGGAGCUGAGUAAUGGUCAGAUUUUAAACAAUUUAAUGUGCAGCUCCAAAGAAAAGUAGCUGAAUACUGAUGUGUGUUACAAGUUGAUUGAGGUGGGGUAGGGGGCACCUAAUGACUGCUGUGUUCUUAUUUGAUUUUACUAUGAUUGUUUUUGUCAGGGUUUGGGGUUUCAAAAGAUAUAAUUGUAUAUCAAAUUGAAAUUUUUAAUUCUGAAUUGUUUUUAGUAACAUGCAGCUGCCUGGAAGACACAAAUUUCUAAUUACUACAAACAAGAGAGAUUUAAGGCACUGCAUGUUACAAAAUACGAUACAGUUUUGUAAGGGAAAAAGAAAAACAUGACCUGUUACAGUUUCUUUUUGUCAUCACAGUUAAUUCUAAAUGGGUCUGUACAAAUAUAAAAUAGUUGUGAAAAAUCCCACAGGUUUCAUAAUAAAGAUAUUCUACACUGUC